CACGGGGCGGCCGGGGAGCCGGGGCCGGGCGGAGAGCAGCCAUGGCGCCGCGCAGGGCCGGGACGCGCGCCGCUGCGGGCGGCCUGGGCGCCGAGUAGUCGGGCCGGGCCGGAGCGCGGGCGGCGGCGGCGGCAGCUGCGCCCGCGCCCCUCGCCUCCCAGGCCCCCGCGCCCCGCGCCCGGGCCGCCGGCGAUGGUGACACAUGCGGCGGCGGCGCGCCGGCGGCAGGACCAUGGUUGAGCGCGCCAGCAAGUUCGUGCUGGUGGUGGCGGGCUCGGCGUGCUUCAUGCUCAUCCUGUACCAGUACGCGGGCCCUGGGCUGAGCCUGGGCGCGCCCGGCGGCCGCGCGCCGCCCGACGACCUGGACCUCUUCCCCACGCCCGACCCGCACUACGAGAAGAAGUACUACUUUCCGGUGCGCGAGCUGGAGCGCUCGCUGCGCUUCGACAUGAAAGGCGACGACGUGAUCGUCUUCCUGCACAUCCAGAAAACGGGCGGCACCACCUUCGGCCGCCACCUCGUGCAAAACGUGCGCCUUGAGGUGCCCUGCGACUGCCGGCCCGGCCAGAAGAAGUGCACCUGCUACCGGCCCAACCGCCGCGAGACCUGGCUCUUCUCCCGCUUCUCCACGGGCUGGAGCUGCGGGCUGCACGCCGACUGGACUGAGCUCACCAACUGCGUGCCCGGCGUUCUGGACCGCCGCGACCCCGCCACGCUGCGCACGCCCAGGAAGUUCUACUACAUCACCCUGCUGCGCGACCCCGUGUCCCGCUACCUGAGCGAGUGGCGGCACGUGCAGCGGGGGGCCACGUGGAAGACGUCGCUGCACAUGUGUGACGGGCGCACGCCCACGCCCGAGGAGCUGCCGCCCUGCUACGAGGGCACGGACUGGUCAGGCUGCACGCUGCAGGAGUUCAUGGACUGCCCCUACAACCUGGCCAACAACCGCCAGGUGCGCAUGCUGGCCGACCUGAGCCUGGUGGGCUGCUACAACCUGUCCUUCAUCCCCGAGGGCAAGCGGGCCCAGCUGCUGCUGGAGAGCGCCAAGAAGAACCUGCGCGGCAUGGCCUUCUUCGGCCUGACGGAGUUCCAGCGCAAGACGCAGUACCUGUUCGAGCGGACGUUCAACCUCAAGUUCAUCCGGCCCUUCAUGCAGUACAACAGCACGCGGGCGGGCGGCGUGGAGGUGGACGGCGCCACCAUCCGGCGCAUCGAGGAGCUCAACGACCUGGACAUGCAGCUCUACGACUACGCCAAGGACCUCUUCCAGCAGCGCUACCAGUACAAGCGGCAGCUGGAGCGCAGGGAGCAGCGCCUCAAGAGCCGCGAGGAGCGCCUGCUGCACCGCGCCAAGGAGGCGCUGGCACGCGAGGACGCCGAGGAGCCGGGCCGCGUGCCCACCGAGGACUACAUGAGCCACAUCAUUGAGAAGUGGUAGUGGCGGCCGGCGCGGGGUGGGGCGGGGGAAUCGGACGGACAGACCAGCACGCAGCCACCCCGGGUCUAUGGGAAGAGAGGCCCAAAUCCGCUGCCCAGAAGGUAGAUGUGUCCUGAGCACGAGUGGCAGGGGCGCGUGGUGGGCUGGGCGGCAUUGGUUCUCACUGUUUCUCCCAGGCCGCGGGCUGAGAAACUGACCUGUGCAGCCCACUGGGUCAGAGGAAAGCAUGCCUGGGGGAGCCCCAGUCAGGUCUGCACAGGCCAAGGGCAGCGCCGGCCCUGCUCUCCUGGCCCCCACCUUCCUCACAGUGGCCAAGGAUUUGGAGACGAGAGAGACAGGAGAGUCGAGAGUGGACUGCAGGCCAGGAGUGCAUCCCAUGCCCACUGCACGCCCCUCUCUGGCCAGUAGGGGGUUGAGACCAGCGCCAGGCGCUUUCCCCAGGCUCAGGCCAUCCUGGCAGCCCCCUGGCCUCGGGUGACCACAUUGCCCCAGGGCCUGUGUGAAGCCACCUCCCUGGGAACACGGGCAGCCAUCUGCGUGUCAUCAGGAAUAGAGCCCCCAGCGUGCCCAUCUUCACGGUCAGGGCCCCCCACUUCUGAAGCCAAGAAGACUCUAGUCUAGCCCCAAGGAAUCCCACCCCCAUCUCUGGCCCAAGAUCAAAACCCACUGUGGUUUCGUGCCUUGGGUCAGGAGAUGGGCCACACCUCCCGGCCCCCGUUUCCCACAGUGCUCAGACUGGGGGGGGCUGUGGGCGAUGGGCCCGCCUCCCUGCCCCCGUUUCCCACAGUGCUCAGACUGGGGGAGCUGUGGGAGAUGGCCCGCCUCCUGGCCCCUGCCAUGGACACAGUGUGUCCCAGGAGAGGGAAGGCUGUGGCCACCUGUGUCUGACCCCCCCCAGCUGGCCUUUGGGGGUGACCACCCAGCAGACCAGCUCAGACAGGAAGGGGGAUGGAACCCGAGAGCUCCCCCUGCCCCAGUCUCUCUUCUGACCCUCUGGGAUUUGUCAGCAGACUGCCCCUAGCCCGAAGCCCGUCACUUGGACAUUAUUCAGGGUUCAUACCCACUGCUCCCACCACCUGCGUAUGGAGUACAAUCAAGCCUCCGUUGGCUGGAACUCGGCAGACGGCUGCUGCUGCCCAUGAGCCAUACUUGGAGCCAUGGUGGUUCUGGAUGGCCGGGAGGUGCCUCGGGCUUUCAGAUUCUCAACUCUGGUUGGAAGCUCCCGGGUACCCUCCCCACCCCGGCUCUCCCUGCACCCCGCCCCCCCCGCCCGCCUGGUCAGGCCCUGUUCACUGCAGCCCCGCAGGUUAGGAGAAGCCACGUCUCAUGUCUGUUGUAGACACUCUCCCUGCCCCUGGCCCUCCUGUGCUCGAGGAGGCCGGGCCAGUGUCCCCUCUGGAGGUGCCUCCCCACACGAGGCACCUGGGUUCUGGGCAGCUGAGUGUGAGCCCCACACCUGAGGUGGACGGGCGCCCUGUCUCCAAGAGAGGAAGCAUGUGUGCCUGGAGGCUGCAGGCCGCACUCAAGGAUGGCGGCGAGGGCCGUGGGCCACCUGGCGAGGGGCUGGCACGGGCAACAGCCUCAUGGGAGAUCCCACCAGGGGUUCCCUGGCCCAGAUUCCACUCAGCCACCCCAGCUGUUCCACCAUGGAGUGAAGGCAUGGGAGCAAGGGCCCUUCCAGAGCAGAGGAGAGGCUGAAGUGCCGAGUGACGUGGCACCCAGGAGGAAGCGGCUUUAGUCUUUGCUUGUCUGGCAUAAGGGCCCCACCAUCCACCUUCCUACACUGGCCACUUCAUCCUGUAGUCCAAGGGCAGAGCUGUCAGCAGGCCUGGGUGGGCACCGUGCCAGGCAGCCCAGGACCACCCCUCGAGUGGACACAUAAUGCCGAAGAGGCGAGGUAAUUGAGUGGCUCUUUUAAGGGGAACUGAAGGUCAGUGGGGGUGUCUGGGCUCUGACGCUCAUCAUUUGGGGCACGCGUGCUCUGGGGAGGGGAGAUGUGUUCACAAGAGCUCUGUGGUCUUGCACAAGCACGUGAGGCGCUGGGGGCUUGCUGUGGCCUCCCUUUGGGAGGUGGCCGACUCCAGGGCAUAGUGGAAAGCUCGGCCAUGUUCUGCCUGUGCCCCUGGGCACCUGGCCAGCAGCCUGGCUCAGGACGGCCCUCCUCGUGGUGGCUUUCCUGUGUGUGCGGGCCUGAGUGUAGGAUCUGGUUUGUACAUAUUGCAAUGUGUUAACUUAUGGCCUGUUGUCCCAGUUCACACGGAAGUAUGGGUCUCUUUUCGGUUUCUUUGCUGCAUCUGGAAAGCUGUCCUGUCUCGGGCCAGCACCCAGGCUGAGGUGCCCAGAGACGGUGCCAACUGGCAGAGCCCUCAGCUUCUCAAGUCUCCAGUCCAGCCUCUCCCGCUCAGGCCACCUGCGUUGAGGUGACGGCUCCUGUGCUGGCGGCAGCUCCUCGACGCCACGCUGGGCCCCACGGAAGGGGCGGCCCCACCGGGCUGUUCCCAGGCUGAGAGGACAGGCGCAAACACGCAGUGAGCGAACAGCCCACUCCCCACACAGGCCUGCACCGGCCUCUCCUGGAGGAGGAGCCGGGGACGGCCAGAUUGUCCGAGCAACGAGUCUGUGAACUUUUUGGGAACUGGAAGUGUUUAACUUGAACCCAGAAGCAUUUAAAGCUUUAUUUAUUUAUAGCUUCUUAUUAAAAAAAAAAAGUGUUGAGAAGAAAUCUUUUGGUUAUUCAUACAAAAAAAAAAUGAAGUGAUGAUGGAAAAGCAAGUCAUAAUCAUCUAAUUGUUUUUGUCUAGGUCGAGAAUGAAUGUUAGCAGAUGAAAUAAACCCUGAAAAGGA